AUGGCGGGCAACGGCGGCGGCUGCUGCUGCUGCGGGGAGCGGGAGGGCGGCGGCAGCCCCGAGGAGCUGACGAUUCUGGGAGAGACGCCGGAAGAAGACGAUGAAAUUCUGCCGCGGAAAGAUUACGAGAGUUUGGAUUACGACAAAUGCAUAAACGAGCCGCACCUUGAGGUGCUGGAAACACUGGAUAACAAGAAAGUCAAGCGGUACGAGGUGGUGAAAUGGGUGUUGGUGUUCUGCAUUGGGGUCUGCACGGGAUUGGUUGGUCUCUUCAUCGAGGUCUUUGUUCAUCUCUUGUCACAGCUCAAGUUCCAAAUUAUUGGGAGGUCUGUGGAGGAAUGCACUGAGCAUGGCUGCCUCGCGCUCUCCCUCCUCGAGCUUCUCGCCUUCAACAUGAGCUUCGUCUUCCUGGCCAGCCUGGCGGUAGUGAUUGCGCCGAUUGCAGCGGGAUCCGGAAUUCCUGAAAUUAAAUGCUACCUGAACGGGGUGAAGAUUCCCGGGAUUGUCAGGCUACGGACGCUGAUGUGUAAGGCAGUGGGCGUGCUUUUCUGUGUGGCCGGAGGACUGUUUGUGGGGAAGGAGGGGCCGAUGAUCCACAGUGGGGCAGUGGUGGGAGCGGGGCUGCCGCAGUUUCAGAGCAUUACCUUCCGCAAGAUCCGAUUCAACUUCCCGUAUUUCCGCAGUGACCGAGACAAGCGGGACUUUGUGUCGGCUGGGGCAGCAGCGGGUGUGGCGGCAGCGUUCGGGGCCCCGAUCGGGGGCACCUUGUUCAGCCUGGAGGAGGGAUCUUCGUUCUGGAACCAGGCGUUGACCUGGAAAGUGCUGUUCUGCUCCAUGUCGGCCACCUUCACAUUGAACUUCUUCCGCUCUGGCAUUCACUACGGGAGCUGGGGCUCCUUCCAGCUGCCUGGGCUGCUCAACUUCGGGGAGUUUAAGUGCGCAGAUGGAGAUAAGAAAUGCCACCUGUGGACGGCCGUGGACUUGGCUUUCUUCAUCAUCAUGGGGAUCAUCGGGGGCCUCCUAGGUGCAAUGUUCAACUGCCUGAACAGGAGACUGGCCAAGUACCGUCUGCGCAACGUACAUCCCAAAGCCAGGGCCAUACGGAUUUUGGAGAGUUUGCUGGUUUCUAUGGUGACAACACUGAUUAUUUUCGUGGCCUCCAUGACGCUGGGCGAGUGCCGGGAGCUGCCAUCACGCACAGACAUCAACAAUGCCUCCAUGCCGGUCACUGAGAGCAGCGUGAACUCCAGCAUCAAAACCUUCUUCUGCCCCAAUCAUACCUACAAUGACAUGGCCACGCUGUUCUUCAACCCGCAAGAAACCGCCAUUCUCCAGCUCUUCCACCAGGAAGGAACCUUCAGUCCCGUCACUCUGGCCGUGUUCCUGUUGCUGUACUUUGUGCUGGCGUGCUGGACAUAUGGCCUCGCUGUCCCCAGUGGCCUGUUCGUGCCCUCGCUGCUGUGCGGAGCAGCCUAUGGCCGGCUGGUGGCAAACAUCCUCCGGACUUACAUCGGGAUGAGUCACAUCUACUCUGGGACCUUUGCUCUGGUCGGGGCAGCCGCCUUCCUUGGGGGUGUUGUCCGCAUGACCAUCAGCCUCACCAUCAUCCUGAUCGAGUCCACCAAUGAGAUCACGUAUGGUCUGCCCAUCAUGGUCACGCUCAUGGUGGCAAAGUGGACCGGAGACCUGUUCAACAAAGGGAUCUAUGACCUUCAUGUGGAUCUCCGGGGUGUCCCUUUACUGGAGUGGGAGACUGACGUCGAGAUGGAUAAACUAACAGCGAGUGAUAUCAUGGAGCCCAAUCUAACCUACGUGUAUCCGCACACUCGCAUCCAAUCCCUCGUCAGCAUCCUGCGGACCACAGCGCAUCACGCUUACCCCGUCGUCACGGAGAACAAGGGCAACGAGAAGGAAUUCAUGAAGGGAAACAUUCUGAUCAGCAACAACAUUAGAUUCAAGAAGUCGAGUAUCCUGACCCGAGCUGGAGAGCAGCAUAAGCGGAGUCAGUCCAUGAAGUCCUACCCGUCCAGCGAGCUCCGCAACGUGUGUGAUGAGCCCCUGAUCCCGGAGAUUGCCGAGGACGGAGAGGACAUGUUACAGCAAAUGCUGGAGAGAAGACACGCCCCGUAUCCCAAUCUGUACCCGGACCAGUCUCCCAGUGAGGAGUGGACGAUGGAGGAACGUUUCCGACCUUUAACCUUCCACGGGCUGAUUCUGCGCUCGCAACUUGUGACGCUGCUGAUCCGAGGCGUCUGUUACUCGGAGACUCAGUCGAGCGCUACCCAGCCCCGGCUCUCCUACUCAGAGAUGACAGAAGAUUAUCCGCGAUAUCCUGACAUCCACGACCUGGACCUGACUCUCCUGAACCCCAGGAUGAUUGUGGACAUCACACCGUACAUGAACCCAUCUCCCUACAUGGUAUCUCCAAACACGCAUGUGUCUCAGGUGUUUAAUCUGUUCCGCACCAUGGGGCUGAGACAUCUGCCGGUGGUCAAUGCAGUGGGAGAGAUUGUCGGGAUCAUCACAAGGCACAACUUGACACACGAGUUUCUACUCUCGAAGCUUCGGCAGCACAACAUGACGAUCUGAGAGUUAGUUACAGGCUCUAUGAGGGUUUGACUGUGAGGUGCCGUUUAGCCCAGCGCCUCACGCCGGCCGGUGCCUCUCUCGCAGGCUCAGAAUUAACCCUCGCGGCUUUGCGGCCCCACACACUGCAGUCAGCGUCAGGUGGGAAUUCCGGUUAGUUUCUGCACAGCACAGUGACUGUUAAUUGUGGGCCUGCUGUAAAUAAUCGCCGUCUCUCAGGAGUCACAGCUCUUUAACUUCACAUAAUGGAUCGCUGCACUCGCCAGGAGCUGUGGUGGAGAAUUAAUCUGAACAGAACCGAUUCCUUCGUAGCUGCAUCAUGGGACCGACAGACAAUAUUAGAUUAAUAUCGUAGAUUGUUUACACACGGAUGCUGCCAACAAGGUAACCUUUUGCACAGUGGGUCCCAGGAUCCAGUGUGUGUGUAUGUAUGUGUGUGUGUAGCUUUGAACCCGACCUGUUCUCUGGUGUAAACUCCUGGUGUGUAGGUUUGCUGAUGCUAUGGGAUAUCACAGUUUGGGUUAGAUGUUGGGUCUCAGCGUGUACGAUGUGUACGACACACGUCACUACAUUUAUAGAGCUCUUGAUCUCCCAACACUUUUCCUCUAUUCCUCCA